GGCGCCGUCGUUGUCACAUGCCCGACCAUUUACUAAAAAUAUCGUAAGUUAAGUUUCUGUUGUCAUCAUUCACUAGUAAUGCAUCGCGGUUGUGUGUGUUUUUUCCUUUAAGCAGUCUAUAUAGAAGAGUUGAAUUGAGCUAAAUGGAGGAAGAAAGCACAUUAAAGCACGUAAUCAAAGCAAUUCAACAUGGAGAGCUGUGCACAGUCCGACAGCAUCUCAAUGAGCACGUCAACAAGCAGUCUGUCAUCUAUACUCAUUUCGGGAAAUCUGGAGAUACUUUACUGCACUAUGCUGCCAGACAUGGACACAUGGAAAUUGUGCGUUAUUUAGUAGAGGAGCUCAAUAUGGACGUUGAAGUGUACAACAACGACUACAAGAGAGCUCUGCACGAGGCUUCUUCCAUGAGUCAGUAUGAGUGUGUGCGGUAUCUCAUUGCCAGGGGAGCGAAAAUAGACAGUUUGAAGAAAGCAGACUGGACCCCUCUUAUGAUGGCCUGUACCCGUCGAAACCUCGAGGUCGUUUUGGAGCUGCUGAAUCACGGUGCUGACCCAAUGCUGCAGAACAAGGAUGGGUGGAACUCAUUCCACAUUGCAUGCAGAGAAGGAGAUCUAGCCAUCACACACCACCUCCUACUGGCCAAACCCGAGGUCUGGAAGACAAAGAGCAAGACUGGCAGGACGCCCCUCCACACUGCUGCUAUGCACGGCUGUGAGGAUGCAGUGAAGAUUCUGCUUCAGAGUUGUAGCUAUGAACCUGAUGGGAAGGACAGUUGUGGAGUCACACCAUUUAUGGAUGCCAUAAGAAAUGGACACAAAGCUACAGCUAAAUUGCUCCUUGAGAAUCACCAGGCAUCUCCUUCAGCGGUAGAUAUUCUCGGUGCACAGCCCCUACAUCAGGCCUCUGUAACUGCUCAGGAAGAAGCACUUUCUUUCCUCGUGCGUAAUCUUGGUAUCGAUAUAAACUCAAGAGCCACAAAACUGGAGCUGACUGCAUUGCACUAUGCCGCUAAGGAAGGUCACACAAAUGCCAUAAAAACACUGCUCGCCCUGGGCGCUGAUCUACAUGCAAGAGACACAAAAGGAAGAUCAGCUCUACAUAUGGCCUGCAUUGGACAGCAUGUGGACUCCGUUAGAAUGCUGCUACAAUUGGGACUCGGAGAUACUGAAGACAAUACAGGCAAUACAGCAAGACAGUAUGCCAAAAAAACUCUCAUUAAAGAAGUGUUCGAAAGUCUUGAAAUGUAAUUGCUGUGUAAAAUAAAUCAUUGCUUUGAAUGAAUAUUAAGCAAAAGUGGAGACACAAAGUUACAAAAGAAAUGCUUAUUAUUAAA